AUGUCGCCACUUUCUUCAGCAGAGUCGUCAAGCAUCGAGGAUUUACGUACCCCAGGGUCUCGUUUUCGCGAAAGGAACCAGCCAAGCUUAGCAGGCGAACGAAGACCUUCAUGGACGCCCUCCAUAUUGGCAGACGACGAGAACUCGCCUAUCACAAUCCCACCACGGUCGCGAGCGCGCCAUGUUUCUCAGCAACGGGCUGCGCGUAUUGAUGUUGAGAACCUCCCUAUUUCCCUUGCGGAACACAGCUUGAGUGCGAGGCGGCCAUCGUUUGCACCUCAAUUGCCACCCGAUGGACUGGAUUUCGACCGUUUUCGCCAGGAAUACGUUCGGGCGGCCAACUCGGGUAGUUCUGAGCGUUGGAGGGCGAGCGAGAUACCUGCAGUGGUUCCUCCGGACUCGCCUGAAGACGGGAAUUUUCGACGUAGCUUGGAGAUUAACAUGAAGGGCUUGGUGGGGGAUGCCGUUGGUAAUAUGAGUAUAAGUCCCGCUUCGAGGGAUGUUGUGCUGGCUGCGCGUCGAGGUCUAUUCAUCAUCGACCUCGAAGCUCCUUUCGAAGUACCCCGCUUCCUACCCCAAGGCGGGACAUGGGAUGUGGCCGACGUACAGUGGAAUCCGCACCCGUCUCGAGCAGAGUACAUCGUUUCAACUUCGAGCGAGAAGCUUUUAAUAUGGAAUCUUAUGCUUGUAGGGAAGACAUCCAUUCAACAUAUCCUCAAAUCUCACUAUCGCGCUAUCACGGAUAUCAACUGGCACACCACUGAGUGUGAUACGGUGGUUAGCACUGGGAUUGACUCAUGGUUGUGGGCUUGGGAUCUGAGAGAGCCUAGGAAACCGAUUUUUGAGGUGUGUCAUGCUCAAGUCUCUUCAGCUUCCGGCACCCAGGUGAAGUGGAACCGGCAGGAUGGCAACAUCCUCGCAUCGUCACACUCGAAUGAGGUCUUAAUCUGGGAUCGUCGGAAAGGUUCUCUGCCCAUCACCCAAAUCCAGGCCCAUACCUCCAAAAUCUACGGCAUCGAUUGGUCGCACCAUUCUUCUACUGAAAUCGUGACCUGCUCCCUCGACAAGACUAUCAAAACUUGGAAUACUAAUGAUGUAACAGAACCAACGUCGUGCAUCCGAACCACAUACCCCGUCUGGCGUGCAAGGACACUUCCGUUUGGUGAAGGGGUGUUGAGCUUGCCUCAACGGAGUGAAACAACAUUGGAAAUGUAUGCUACGGCGGAGACGCAAAUUCCCGUAGAGACAUUUGAGGGACAUACAGAUGUUGUGAAGGAGUUUGUGUGGAGAAAGGGUGGCAGAGACGAGUUCCAAUUGAUAACUUGGUCCAAAGAUCGUACAUUGAGGUUCUGGCCCAUUGGAGCAGAUGUCAUGCAGCGUGUUGGACAUACCCUUGCCCUCAAUAGGGGUCGCUCCCGAUCUCGUGCCCGUUCCCGUCAUAGUGGUAAUGCAGAGGACAGGGAUUUCACCACCACCUCCUUCCGCAAUCUACCGCCAGCAGGUUUUACAGAUCCCCAUGCGAAGGCAGUCACCGCGCCCAUUGGGUACCGUGCGAUUCUCGCUGAAGUUCGGGCACCAUUACCACCCACACAUCAGGUGAACUCAGCCGUACAGCCGCACUUUGACUCGCGUGCUUCGUUCUACGAUAGUAAUGAGCCGCAGGAAUCAACCCCGACGAUGAGUAAGCCUAUUGUCAUGCUGGGGCAGAGUACCAUGAGUCGGGGUGCGAUUGGGGGUAAGAGCCUUGUGCGAGGAGUGGACUCAUUUUCUUGGCUGGCCAGUGUGAAAGUGGGCAGCAAGCGGGGGAGCAGUUCAGGGGCGGGAAGUGGUGGGGAUAGUACUGGUGCUUCGAGGGUAGGAUCGAUGUCAAGAACGCCGUCAGGGAUAGAAAUACGCGAUCCGGAAGGUUCUGGAAAAGGGAGGAGUGGUAGCCGGGGUAGAGGAGGGGAGGAUGGUAGGAGGGACGGGGAGGGCAGUCAGUCUUCCACUUUGCAGGAUGAGAUCACGACGGUAUUGACUAAGCUUGCUGCGUCCAAGAUUACGCUUGAAAAGCACGACCUGACUAAAAAGCGAAGGUGUACCUUGGGCUUCCAUGGUCCCUGGGGAGAGACCUCGUCUGUGUUCAUGCGGAUAACAUUCACUUUUCCUAGGGACUAUCCACAAGCGACACAUCCUGGGGGAACCCCUGGUGUUGACCUAGAGAGGAACCCACUGAUUUCCGUCGGGGAUCGGGAGUUCAUAUUGAAGCGCCUGCGUGCCAUCCGAGAGCGGAAAAGGCCCUGUCUCGAAGCGUGCCUUAGGUUUUUACUCUAUGCUGAAGAGGGUCAUAUCGGUGAUGACCCUGGGUCUUCUUCUGAGGAUGAAGAGCAUUCGUCGACUAAGAAGCCCAAAGAUUUCACAUUAUCUUUGAUGCGGAAUAUCAAGAACUUGGGUGAACCGCGGACAUCACAGGGAACGUUCGGUCCCAACGGCGAACUCAUCACGUUCUUUCGAGCGCCCCCUCGAGUGGUACGCAACGUAUUCAGGGGACUUGGUGAAACUUCUUCUCCACCAGCGGAAGAUCAACAGCAACAAGCUGAAUCGCAGCAGCAACCACCCCGGCUACUUCAAUCACCUGCUUUGGUCUCAGAUGCUGUUCGUCGGUUGGGGUUGUCUGCUAAGGAUCGAGAGGUAAAGCCACUUGAUCCACUGCGGCCUGAGAACAGCGCCAACAUUCUCCGAGCCAUGACGAAUCUUUUGACUGGGUCGGGGCAUAAGGUGCGGAGAGAUUCCGAUUCGAGACCGCGCGGGGAAAUGUCGAAGAACUAUCCAAGGUUCCCUGCAAGACGCAGUGUUGUAUUCAUGAAUGGUACGACCAGUAUUGCUGGCGGGGAUAGGAAGGUCGCCCUGGAUUAUGAGUUUCAGGGGGACAGUUUGAGUGCUGUUUGCGACAGAAAUGCAAUUGUUGCACGGGAGCAUCGGAGAUAUGACCACGAGCGCAUUUUCAGGACCUUGAAGACGCUCUUCCGUACGCCUGAUGAUGAUGGAGAUGAAGACCAUAGUAGUACGGAGGAUCUGAACUCUUUCGCUUCGGAGACCCUCGCCCGCGGAGUCAUCACUCGAAUAUACUCGGACCUUAGCAAAGGAAAAGAUGUCCAAAUGCUCGCAAUGCUAUCGAUGCUUAUUUUGCAAACCUCACACGGAACUACCCCUCAUGUAAGCAUGAGGAGAAGGAAGUCGGAGGCUCUAGGCGUUUACCUUCCACCACUCAAGAUUGGGGGAGUAGACUACUUCAGCAUAACAAAGUCGAUUAAAUCCAACCCCCUUUCACCGCUGUGGCCAUCUCCAAUCGCACCUACCUUGGCCCCUUCUUUGUCCUCCUCCAACUCAUCUCGAGGCUCCUGGUCAAGCCUAUUCAACGCCGCUGGCGGCAUGCGUCAAUUUAUGAAUGGUUCAUUGAAAGAGGUCACUACCCCCACGGAGGUGCCAUUAUCUACCUCGGAUCCACAGCUCUCUCCUAUUCCGUCAGCGAAUAGAGCAACGCCCGAGUCCCCUGGGCCGAAGCGGAAACGGACGAGAAAGGACUCAGUGAUUCAUUCCCCCAGCCCUGCUGUAUCGAAGUCAUGGAAUGAUUCAGCGUCUUUACAUCCGCCCAGACCUUUUGCGGUUUCUUUUUCGUCGGCAGGGCAUAGGCGACUGGCAUUGUCGCGUCUCGCGGAUUCAAAUCUAUACUUGCAGGAAAAGGAAGCUGUUGUAUUUGAACCGCCUAUCCCAGAUCAGGAGAGUCCAGACUCAUUGUUCAGUCCAGAGCUCGUCAAACAGUUUACGCUCCACGUAUCCUUUUACGCCGAGAUGCUGUUCAGGUGGAAAUUGUUCAAUAAACGACUAGAGCUGUUGAAGGCCGUGAAUCGUCGGAAUCCACAUCACGAUAAGAGCGAGCCGCAUAAAAUAGGUCUUGUUCGUGUGUGCUCACGAGUGGGUUGUGAAGUGCUUCUUCCCGAUAAAGCGACCGUGUGUCAAUACUGUGGCACGCCAUGUCUUAUGGCAUGUUGUACAAUUUGCAGGCUCCCAGUGAAAGGUCUCUCACGCAGCUGCGUCCGCUGUUACCACGUCACCCACAUCUCGUGUUGGAAUUCAUUGGACGUGCCAAUAUGUCCUUCGGGGUGUGGAUGUUUCUGUUCUGGUUACGAUGGCCCCCAGACACGGCCCUCUACUCGACUUGGAAUGACUCCUCCCCUAACGUCGUUGGCGCUAUCUUGA